AUGUCUACAACAAUUAAGAUAACUCUGGUUUUGAAUCUCUUGCAUCUAUUGUUCGUAGCAGCCCUAGUUCGUUCAGAUCAAAAUACGUUGCCUCUCAGAUCCUUCAAGAUAAGUGAAAAUGCUAAAUACGAUUGUGUAGAUAUUUUUAAGCAACCAGGACUUAAUCAUCCCUUGCUCCAAAACCACACAAUCCAGAUGAAACCAUCAAUUUCAAGAAUUAAAUUAAGGAAUCACAUUGGCAACAACAAAUCAUAUUCGAAGAAAACAAGUUGUCCAGAUGGAACCGUUCCUAUAUUGAGAACCUCAAGAUACAACAUCAAGGCACAACUUUUCUCCGAAAAAUAUUUCCAUCCCCUGUCAACCCAUAGUUCUGGAGCACAUAUUGCUGGAGUAAGGUCACGUGCUGGUCCAUUUCAUGGUGUAGAAGCUUGGUAUGAUGGAUAUGCGCUAAACGUUGGACGAUAUCAGAUUUCAUAUAGCCAAAUAUUUAUAGGCAGUCGAUUGAAUAACCAAAACAAUUUUAUCCAAGCGGGUUAUAUUAUAAAUCCAGGUUUCUUUCGCACCGGACAACUUUGGACGUAUGCAUUUUGGAAGGGUAAAGAUGGAAAAGGAUGUUACAAUACAGCAUUUGAUGGGUUUAUUCAGGUUUCGAGAAAAUUUCCCAUAGUCCAACCCAUAGACCUUAAGCCAGGAGUCCCUGAUUGGUCGCGUUGGUCCAUCCAUCAGGAUAAAGGAACUAGAAAUUGGUGGCUUACAAUAUCGAAUGGACCUAACGAAGAUAUUGGAUAUUGGUCAAAAGAGCUCUUUAAUCUUAUUGACAAUGGUGCUACUACGGUUGGAGUUGGGGGUGCAGUACAAGCUUCUGGUUCAGGUGAAAGUCCCCCGAUGGGUAAUGGUAAUUUUCCAGUGGGAGGCCGCUUAGACUCAGCAUUGGUUACAAAUAUUGAAGUUUUGGAUUCCAACUAUAACAAUCGUAAAAUGAAUUCUUUUCCUACUGAGAUUAUGGUAUAUAGUCCAAAAUGUUAUGGGGUAAGAUUGGUAAGGUGAAACCAUUUCAUCGAACUCGACUCGGUUUCUUUUUCAAUUAUGGUGGUCCAGGCGGAAACUCUUGUUGAGUUUAACACAUUACAUUGUAAUCUUUAGACCGGGUAUUUAAUAAAUAAGAAUAUUAUUCUGAAUUAAUCAUAUGAAACUAUUAUACAAUUAAGUUACUUAACUCUUUUUUGUUAUCAAGGUU